AUUUGCACAUAUAUUUUCUUGGACAAUAAACAUGCCUGCGGCCCGUGAUGGCAUGUAUUCUUCAACACAGGCACAAAAUCUGCUUCAAACCGAGAGCCAGGUGGCUCUUUCAGUAGCUUCGGGAAGUUCAACUGCCACUAGCGUUUUUGAAUCUGCCAAAUUGGCGAAGGAGCUCGGCUUCGCCAGUGCGCGAAGCGGAAUUUUGGUCUUGGCCAACACUGUGCUUGGGGGCUCUGGACUUCUUGGAAUGCCCUCAGCCUUGGCUAAAUCAGGCUAUGCUUUGGGCAUGCUCUUCAUGGUCUUCUUCGCUUUUUGCUCGGCUUUUGGAUGUCACUUACUUCAAUGCUCUGCGCGAAGGAUCGGCCAAGCUCCGUGCUCCUUCUACUCAGUCUCCAAUGCGGUUGCCCCACGGUGGACAUGGUUGAUUGAUAGUGCUGUGAUGGUGAAAUGCUUUGGGGUGGCGACAUCGUAUCUGAUCAUCGUGGGCGAUUUAGCGCCCCCAGCAUUGGUAUUCUUUGGCUUCAGACAAUUCCAUCGUUGGGAGGUCAUUUUGAUUGGGUUUGCGGUGGCUGGAUCUUUGGCCUGUUGUAGAAAUUUGAGCGGCUUAAAGUUUACAGCGGCUGGAUCCUUGUUGAUCGUCACUUGGACAGUUGUGCUGAUCAUUCUUUUUGUGAUCCAGCCUUCGAAGACCUUCCAACCCUGCGGACACCAGGAGCUGCCUUGUGGAGAUGCAGAAGUCAAGGCUGUUGACCUUUCAGAUCCCUUGGCCCUUGGAAAGGCUUUGCCUGUUUUCAUCUUUGGCUUCACGUGCCAGCAGAAUAUUUUUGCCGUCUGCAACGAGGUCCGCAACACCACUUGCCGCCGUGUUGAUGGCAUUAUUGCCGCAGCAUUAUUCAUCUCCUUCAUCUUCGUCAGCUUGGCAUCGGUGCUGGGCUAUCUGACCUUUGGUGACAACAUUUGCUCGGAUGUUCUAAAGGGAUACCCAUCAAGCAGCGUGGUUGCGGUCACACGACUUCUCUAUUCGUUGUUGGCAUUGCUCUCCUACCCAUUGCAGAUCCAUCCUUCGCGCGCAUCAGCGCUGGCGCUCAUGGAUCUUGUGCGCCCGACUGGAGGUGCUCACAGGUGGGCAGCAGUGACCCUGCUGGAGUUGAUCGGCUCCUUGCUCAUCGCCAUCACAGUGAUGGACCUCGGCAAAGUGUUGGGAGUUGUUGGUGCCACUGGAUCCACCAUGGUCUCGUAUAUUUUGCCGGGCAUCGUCUAUGUCCAGACCUUCCGCACAUUUCAUGCGAAGCGGCUCCUGGCGCUUGGCCAGCUGCUCCUAGGUUGCAUCAUCAUGCCAGUUUGCCUGGUGCUUCUAUUCCUUUAAGAGGAGAGAAGCCCAAGCCCAAGAGAGGCCCACAGUUAUGGACUCGCGUUGAAAA